AGAGGAUUGGAAACAAGUGAGGCAUCCACAGAGAAGAGGAGACUACAGGGUUUUCUCUUUUAUCACUCUGGGAGCCAAACAAGGAUUCCCCCCGUACUCUUCUUGAAGUGAACUUGCUCUGCUGCUAAGAGGACCUGCACCCUGCUAUGGCAGCCCCGGUGGGACAUGGGAACACCAUCUCCCUCUCAUCUUGCUCCUGUCUUUGUUGGACUACUCUCCUCUGGGCUCUCUUGACCCUUUCAAGCCAAGUGUGGGGAUUUAACCUGGAUACUACUCACACACUUCAUAAGUUGGGAGACCAUGGCACCUUUUUUGGCUUCUCUCUAGCACUUCACCAGCAGCUUACCCCAGAGUCUAAAAGCUGGAUCCUUGUGGGAGCCCCACAGGCGGCGGGGCAGGGCCUGAUGAGGGGCACUCGGCCAGGAGCUUUGUUCAAAUGUCCAAUCACACCUGAGGAGUACGACUGUGAGAGGGUGGAUAUCGACGGAGAAGUGGAUCUGGAAAGAGAGAGCAAAGACAACCAGUGGCUGGGAGUCACUGUCAAGAGUCAGGGGAUUGGAGGGAAGGUGGUGACCUGUGCUCACCUGUAUGAGCUCAGGCAACGUGUUGGUCAAUCUUCAGAGACCCGUGAUCCCAUUGGACGCUGCUACGUUCUGAGUGAUGAUCUGACGGAGCGGGACGACCUGGAUGGAGGGGAGUGGAAGUUCUGCGAGGGCCGGCCGCAGGGACACGAGCAGUUUGGCUUCUGUCAGCAGGGCAUGUCCGUCAGUUUCACCCCAGACAACGACUUCAUUCUGUUUGGGGCUCCAGGAACCUACAACUGGAAAGGUGAGAUGCGUGUCCAGCUCCUAAACCAGACUCUGCUUGACCUCGGUUUUUACGACGACGGGCCCUACGAGGUGGCAGAUCAGAAACAACUUAAUGCCCAGCUCAUCCCUCUGCCCUACCACAGUUACCUGGGGCUCUUGUUCAUGGCUAGCCCGAUUGAAGAUGCACUGCUGUACAAAACUCUGGAGCCCUCCAGCCGGCCUACAGCGUUUGAGGAUGUAGCUCAUAAUAGCUACUUAGGGUUUUCUGUGGACUCUGCCAUGGGGAUAAUAAGCCUCAGGGAGCUGACCUUCGUGGCAGGUGCACCUCGGGCCAAUCACACGGGGGCAGUGGUGCUGCUAAAAAAAGACAACGUGUACCGGCUGGUGCCACAACACAUCAUCUGGGGCGAGGAGCUGGCCUCGUCAUUUGGGUACUCCGUUGCUACGACGGACCUGAACCGGGACGGCUGGACAGACCUGAUUGUUGGAGCUCCUAACUUCUUUGACCGUAAGGCAGAGAUUGGAGGGGCUGUGUACGUGUACCUGAACCCCUUCGGUCACUGGGACGAUCAUUCCCGACCCAUCCGUCUCAACGGGACCUACGACUCCAUGUUUGGAAUGGUAGUCAGCAACAUCGGUGAUCUGGACCAGGACGGGUACGGAGAUAUUGCUGUUGGGGCACCGUUUGAUGGAGAUGGCAAAGUGUUCAUCUACAGAGGCUCAGAUGCUGGAAUUGAAACAAAGCCAGCUCAGGUACUGGAUGGUCGUGACUUUGAUGUGAGACGAUUUGGAUACUCCAUCUCAGGGGGUUUGGAUAUUGACAGUAACCACUACCCAGAUAUCGCCGUGGGCUCUCUUAAUGACUCAGUGGUUCUCUUCAGGUCUCGCCCAGUCAUCCAUGUGCUCCGAGAAGUAUCUAUCGACCCUCAGUACAUUGAUCUGGAGCAGCAUAACUGCAAGGGCCGAGAGGGAGCCUGCGUGGAGGUCAAGGCCUGCUUCACCUUCACAGCCCACCCAGAACACUACUCCCCGCACAUAACCCUGGUGGUGCACUUUGAAGCUGACACCGAGCGCAGGAAGUUGGGCCUCCCACACCGUGUUAACUUCCUGGGACGCAGUUCCCUGGAGCCGGAGUAUACUCAGACAGAAGAGGUGGAGCUCCAUCGGCAGCGACACCCUGUGUGCACCACCGCUACCUUCCAGCUCCAUGAUAACAUCCUUGACAAACUGCGCCCCAUCUCAUUGGCGAUAACCCACGAGAUCAAGCCUGUGCCCCCCCGCAGACAUUCGGGUGCCAAGAAGCUGGAGAAGCUGGCGCCUGUUCUGAGUGUUUCCCCGUCCAAUACGCUGCACUCUGAGGUGAACUUCCUGCGAGAAGGAUGCGGCAGCGACAAGAUCUGCCAGAGCAACCUGAAGCUGAGCUACCAGUUUGGAACAAGACCCCUGACCUCCGACCUCUUCACCCCACUGCCAAAAGAUGACGAUGAAGUGCAGGUGUUCUCGCUGUCGGACAAUCGGCUGGUGGUGCUGGAGAUCACUGUCACCAACACGCCCUCUGACCCUGAGCACCCCGAGGAGGACGGAGACGACGCCCACGCCGCUCAGCUGCUCAUCUCCCUCCCCAACACUCUGUCUUACGCCGGCUCAAGGAUCCCACCACAGAUUAGAUGCCAGGCAAACCAGAAUGGCUCCCAAGUCGAAUGUGACCUCGGAAACCCUGUGAAACGCGACACUAAGCUUAAAUUCUCCAUCAACUUGAGCACAUCAAACAUUACAAUUGAGACCACUGAGUUGACAGCAGAUCUCGCUUUGACAACUAUCAGUGAGCAGCCCGAUCUGGUACCAGUCACAGCUUUUGCUAGAGUUGUGAUAGAGCUCCCUCUGUCUGUCAGUGGGCUUGCUCGUCCUCACCAGCUGUUCUUCAGCGGGACAGUGAGGGGAGAGAGUGCCAUGGCCAGUCUGGAGGACAUCGGCAGCCCUGUGGAUUUUGAGUUUGUGGUGAUUAAUACCGGACAAGCUCUGCAGACGCUUGGUUCGGCCUUCCUCAACAUCAUGUGGCCUUACGAGCUGGCUAAUGAGAAAUGGCUCCUGUAUCCCGCAAGCAUGAAGUUUGAGGGUCACCCAGAAACACAGUGCACCGCAACGGGGGCCUUAAAUCCUCUGAAGCUACCCAUUUCUUCACCUGCAGGACUCCAACAGGCUGUUAAUAUAAGGGCUGGGCGAACGCGCCGCUCCCACCCAGAGGAGGAAGGUCCAAUGACGACAAAAGGCAGCGUGAGACGAACCACGCCAGCUGUGGCAGCCUCGGAGAGACGCAAGUCGCUCAAACUGGACUGUCUCUUGGGGUCCGCUCGCUGUGUCCUGCUGCAGUGUCCCCUCCACAGCUUCUCUGGUCAGGCUGUCCUCAAGAUCCAUGCCAGACUGUGGAACAGCAGCUUUAUAGAGGAUUUUUCGGCGGUCAGUGCUUUGGAACUGCUGGUCAGAGCCAACAUCACUGUGAAGUCCAGCAUCAAACACCUGGUCCUCAAAGAUGCUUCUGCACAGGUUCCAGUAAUGAUCUACCCUGAGCCGGGUCUUGCUGAUCAGUACUGGAUCCCCUGGUGGAUCAUACUCAUAGCUGUCCUGGCAGGCAUCCUGCUGCUGACUCUGUUAGUCUGCAUACUGUGGAAGUGUGGCUUCUUCCAGCGGGCUCACUACAAAGACAAGUUGCCUCAGUACCACGCGGUGAAGAUUCCUCGCGAAGACCGGCCACAGUUCCAGACUGAGAAGUCAGGAGUUGUCCAUAAAAAGGAAUGGGCCACGCACUGGAGCGACCGGACCUCAUAACUCGCUUUGAAGCACUGACUGACUGAAUUAAUUCAAAUCACCAUGUGUGGCACUCAUUCUGUCUUUGCAUUGGAACUAACGGACUAAAAAUGGUGAACAUAGACUGAGAUUGUGACAUCUUGUGCACUCUGUACUGUGUCAGUACUUGCAUACUUAUGGCCUGUUGCACUGUGACUGGAUCUAUACUCUCUGUAGCCCACUGAUGGCUGGCCUUGCAUAGUCUAUUUACUCUGUGCAUCUAUAUCAGUGUGUAACAGUUACUACUGCAGGCCAACAACAGUAUCAGGACCAGUCUAGCAGCUCCAAAUAAUAACAGCCUUCAGAAAGAUGCUCACAUGGACUUCACUGUUUUCCUGAGGACAAAUGAGGACAGAAAAUCACAACUCAAAGACAUGCAUGAAUGCACAAACAUACGGUAUAAUAUUAGAUGCAUACAGACACACUGGACAUUGUUGAUGAAGAAGACACUGCCCGUGACGAAGACUACUUUUUGCCUUAACUACUGUAAGACUGACGACUAAUAUGGGCAAUGAAAGAAAUUCUUCUUUUUUUAUAUAAAUGAUUUUUGGGGAUUUUGUUUAGCACUGGUGGACAUUGUAAAAAUGUCAGUAUGUAAGAUAUCAGUGAAGUUUUAUGUUGCAGAACACUGAAUGUGUCUGGGUUUCAUUCAAGGAAACGAAAUGCAUUUUUACGUCAUUAUAGUUUUUGUUUAUGUGUCAGUCAAAUGUACUGUACAUCAAUAGGUUACUGCCUGAGUGAACUUGAAUAAGAACAAUACAACCUAUAACAGCCACGCCCAUAGCACUGCAGCCGCAUGGAGAUCAAAUAUGUAAUGAAAGCAGAGCAAUAUUUAAAAUAUGGCCUGAACAUUUACAGUGUAAGCAUUUAAAUUCAUAAGCCAGUUUAUAAAAUGAUUAUGUGUGAAAACGUGGUCUCAAAUUACAGCCUAUAAUGUAAGAGUGAAUGAGAUACUCUAUUAUUAUAAGGUUUUCAACAACUUCCAUUUAUUUUUGGACUGAAAUGUAAAAAUAUUUCACCAGAAGACAUGAUAACCUUUGUAUAAAUAGUUAUGAAACUGCCUAGUUGGAUUAUAUUAACCUGCUUGUUACGUUGUUUCUGGUACUGUACUCCAGUCACAGCAGCCGGAGUAAGAUGGUACAUUCAUUUCAGCACUGACAUUUCUAACUGCGUACAAGUGCCUUGUUGUAAAAGUGGCUGACACCUCUGGAUAAAAAAAAAAAUCCCUCUAACAUUUAACCAACAUGGAGAGAGGAAAGAAUAUUUCAAGAAGAGCAGGACAUGUUGGCAAGGAGCAAGACGAACUUUCUUUGGAUCUAAUUUGGGUCGAUGAAGUGGCUGUAAAGCAUGAAGAGUCAGCUUGUUUUUGAAGGUAUUGCUGGACAAUCUUGUAUUAGCUGCAUGAAGCUCCUGUUGCUGUUCUGCCCCCCCCCCCCUUCCCUAUUUUUGGUCAUGACUAAGUGUUUUAUUUAUUUUAUGUUUGGCUGCACUGUUUAACAUUGUAAAUAAAAUAAAAAGAAACAAAA